AUGUCUAUUAAGAGUUCAUGUGAUAUUUAUGAUUAUCAAAGCAGUGAAGAAGAAGAGGACAAUCAAGAAGUGAUGCACUUCGGAGAGGAAUCAUGUGAUGAUGAUUUAUGCAGUAUUGAUUCUAUGAGUAGCUACAAUCCAGAAGAAGAUGAGGAAGAGGAAUUUGACGAAUAUGACACCUCAAGGGAGGAAAAGGAACCAAUAAUCAUUUAUUUGGAACCAAUUCCUAGUGUGGCAACAGUUCCAGUGUGGCCAGCUCAGAAUUGGGGAGGAUAUUAUCACAAUGGAUCACCUCAUUGUUGGCCACCAGCAAUGACGUUUCAAUGGUGGCCACAACAGUUGCCAUUAAUUUCUUACAAGAUUGCAAAAGUUACAAAGCCGAAUUGCGUGUGA